CCUGUCAGUUAAACCAACCAGAGACUCCAGGACUGUAGUCACUGUAUCUGUGUGCUAUUGGAUAUUACUGCACUGGAGGAGUUCACAAUGGCUCUAUCACUGCGCACUCUCCUGGCUCUCUGCAGCACACUGUGUGUGUUUCUUCCCGAUGGAUCCGGGCUCCCGGUGUCAGGCCAGCCAAACCCUAGCGAGGCCCCCUCCAACCUCCCAAGGCUGCGGACCAAGCGCUGCUCCUGCAACAACUGGCUGGACAAGGAGUGCAUCUACUUCUGCCACCUGGACAUCAUCUGGGUCAACACGCCCAGUAAGACCAUACCGUAUGGGCUGGGUAGCCCCCUGUCCCGGAGACGGCGUUCCACGGGUCGCUGUGAGUGCUCCAACUCCUCUGACCAGACCUGCACCAGAUUCUGCCACCACAGCACUGAGAACCCUGACAUGGUGGUGGUGAACCCAUUGCCCCAGUCUAUGGACCGUACCAAAAGAAGCAGCACUACACUACUGACCUUCCUCAGGGACGUCGUCAGGGCCAACACAAGAGCCGUCAGGCAAGGCGUGUCCCCUAGGAAGAAACGCUCUGAGGCCCACGGACCACAAGAGGCUCACAGCUGGUAGCAAGCUGAGGGAGAAGGCAGAGCCAGAAGAACAAGAAACCAAUCAAUCAAAAGCACCCCAGCAGAGGAAAGCCAUGCGGACGGAGCACUGGAUAGAGAAGAAAGGGAGGGACAUAGCCCACAGGGACAGAACGGAGAUUAACUGGGGGGCUCAUUUUGUCCCAGUCCAGAGGCUGGUUCUAAAGCAAGGAAGGAAUCUUGGGAGUGAUAUGGUGAUACGGUGAUACGGGAGGGUCUUUGGCUUAAGUGUCCUCCCCCCCCCAAAAAAAAACUGUCUUAGUGGUUCCCAGAUAUCUAGAAUCAGAAGUCUGUGUGCCCCAUCCUUCCUGCAAGGGUGGGUCCUGAAAAAUUGCAUCGCUGGGGGCUUGAGGCUCU